GUUCGUCGGCCCUGUUGCUGACCGCUUCGAUGUCACCAGUCCCGUUCCGGCAGGGAAAGGGACUUCAUCAACACAGAGUCCGUCGCCCGCCGAUGGGACCAGGCGGGGGAGCUUCACCUCGCUACGUGUAGUCGUAUGCGUGUACGUAGCACAUACAUCUGCCCGGAUCCAAGCCACAGUAUCCUGUGACUUGUCGGACCUUUUGGUAGAGCCAUUGGGUGGCUGGACUCAGGUGCUGGGCUUCCCUCUGGUCCUAGGCUCGGGCAAAGAGCUCAAACAGGUCCGCGUAUAGCACGCCUUGUUGGCCCGGCUGCCUCGACACCGUUCGACGUGGAUCGAGUGGCACUUUCAGCGUGGGCCUGGCGUCGCCUGUCGCCUUCUGUCAGGGACCCGGCUGAGGCUGCACGAGCCCCAGCCUCCGUGAUCCAUCCAUAACCUUCCUACCCUCCAUACUUGCGCAUAUCUACGUGCAAGUGCCCCCCACCCAUUCUUGGCCGUAUCCUGCUCUUCCUCUUUUUUUUUUUUUUUUUUUCAUUUUGCGAAUCGCAGCACCAGAGCCGCGUCCCCCGUCUGGCGAAGCCUGUCAGUGGUCUCACGCUCGCUACUGGCCACGCAUCUGCCGGUGAUUGUGUCCCGCGAUCGCUCGUUCGGCGAGACAGUCAGUCACGAUGCGUCGCCAAGCCGUUCUCUGGGCCCUCGGUGCCCUCGCCUCUCUAGUCGCAGGCUCACCCGAUGACAAUCCCGUUCAGGGUAAUGUGGCGAGCAGCAGUCUCGUUCACCACCUCACCCAGGUUCAGAUGUACAGCGCCGCAUGCGCCGAAUGCUGCACCCUCACAUGUCCUAGUGUGAUCAGGACCAUUAUAUACGUAAACCAAACUGUGACUGAGAAGGAGACGGUAUGUUAGCAUGCUCAGACCACUGGCGAUGCCUCACUCAUGCGGCUGAAAACUCAGGUCACGGCCACGGCAACGCAACACGAUGUGUCAACCAAACUUGAGUACACGACGCAGUUCCAGACCACGACAACAACGGCGACGUACAAGACCUCUUAUCCCGUGACGGUAACAAAGACCACAAACUGCAAGCCGAGACCAGACCCGGUGCAGACUGCAUCCUACAGCCUAGUAGCUCGUGAGCUGGACGAGCGAACUGAUCACUGGUGCGAAACUGUCACGACGACAGAGUGGAAGACAACAACGACCACCAAGGCCGUCACGGUCAUUCAGUCCCAGAUCACCACCAAGACGGUUCUCGUGCCGACCGUGUCCGUCGUGCCCACAACGGUUCAGGUGCCGACGACAGUCGCCGUACCGACCACAAUUGAGGACACCGAGACAGUCACGCAGGUUCGCACUACCUCGGAGACCGUCUGGGUGCCUACAACGUAUACGACAACGACCACGUUUUCGACCACAUACCCGGUCACGGUCACGCGCGACCACACGAUGUUGACCACCAGCGUCGCCACCGAGUACAUCACAACCGUGUCCACGUUCACUACCAGCUACCCCGUGGUGACGGAGGUGACAAAGGUGGUUACGCAGACGGCGGUCGUGACGGAGCCGGGUCAGGAUACUACCGUGACCCUGCCUGGAGAGACGAAAACGCUCCCCGCGGAGACUAAGACCCUUCCACCGGAGACCAAGACUCUCCCAGGAGAGACCAUAACACUUCCCGGAGAGACCAAGACGCUUCCCGGCGAAACCGUCGUCACCACAGUCACUACAACGCUGCCAGGACAGACGGUGACAACCACCAAGGACGGCCAGACGAUUACGACGACGCUUCCCGGUACGACCGUGGUCACGACGACGACGGUAGUGAUUGGACCAACGACAGUCACCGUUCCUGGUGGCACGGCCACCGUCACAUCGGUCGUGGACGUCACGGUCUGUCCCGCGCCGACGGGAGCUUUGAGGCCGCUACCAAAGGACUCGGACCUGACGUUUGGCUGCAAGCCAGGAUACGUGUGCAAUCCGCCCAAGCCCCAGGGGUGCAACCUGUGGCCCAGUCCCCCGAGCAAGGACUAUGUCUGCAGUUCUCAGGAGUGCAUACCGGCCCCGCUGUUCAAGAAGGUGACCUGGCCGCCGAACGAGACGGCCUACUACCCCCCGCAAGAGGGCUACUUCAACCUGAACCCGGAAGCCUUCGGCCUGUCCUACGACAUCUUUGACUACAAGCUGUGCGAAUUGGUCGUGGACGGUCACAAGACGACGAUUACAACCGGGAACUGGGGGUCUCAGGCCACUCUCUCGCAAUGGCCGAAACCGACUGCCGCCUCGCCUUCCGCCUACCUCGUGCAGCGUCGCCAGCUUCGAAAGUUGAGCAAGCGCGCCAUCGCGCCUGGUGUCUGCUUCGCCGACUGCAACAACGCGUGGUUGGUUGCUCAGUCCACCGGCAAGACAGAUGCGCUCUGCAAAGCCGGGUCCGACUUCCAGAUUGCCUACGCCCUCUGCACGAAAUGCGUCACAGACCACGAGACGGAGAUCAAGCAGACGAUCCGAGACUAUAUCGGGCCAGAGUUUGCCCAGUACCUCGACUACUGCUCUGGCUCGGGGCCACAGCCCACGUCGACGUCGGCUUCGGCUCCCGAGAGCGCGGUCACGUCGCUGCCAUCCGUCGGGACGAGCAGCCAGGCUGCUACAAGCAGCGGCGAUUUUACCCCGAUCCCUCCUUCGUCGACACCGAGCCCAACUCCGACGACACCGUCACCUUCAUCGACUCCACCGUUGACUUCGACACCCGAGCCACCGACCUCGACGCCCGAGCCCAUCUCCUCGACACCUGAGCCUCCUUCGUCGACGCCUCAGUCGUCGCCUGCAACGUCUGAGACGUCUGUGCCUAAAUCGUCACCGUCGCAGACCGGGCCGGGAUCCACUGAAUCCUCGGGUCCGACAGGUAGCUCUUCCUCGUCUGUUGAGAGCGCUGCAUCGUCUGUUGAGAGCGCUGCGUCGUCCGCCCAGAGCUCUGAGCCACCUGCCCAGAGCACUGCUGCGGCAGUGAGUCCCUCGCUUACCAGUAGCACAGCCGCAUCGCAGGCAGAGUCGGUGUCGGCCACUCCGCCGGACCAGCAAGUCCCGACGGGCACUGAGGAGGAUACUGCUGUGCCGACUGGUGGCCCCAAUGAAACCACGGCUCCCGGCGGGGGAGACGGCUUUAACGUCACCUCGCCGGCCGCCUCGGGCACCAUUACGGGCACAGGCGGGAUGACCACCAGCACGGGCGUGCCGGUGGUGACGGCCGCCGCCCCCAUGAUCGGCGCGGGCAGCACCGCCCUGACGGCUGCCAUUGCUGUUUUCGUCGCUCUCAUUGUUUGAGCCUGAGCUGUUGCGGCCCCAUGUCUGGCCGCGCUCAAGCCACAGUCCUCGUUCACGACUAUCCUUGAUGACCGCUUUAUCCCUAAUGAAUAAUGGCGAAAGAAACGACGAGUACGAUGCAGGCGCUGGAUGUGCAGCGACCAUGUCAUUUUUAUCUAUCCCAUCGUACGCGGAAAAGGGACCCGGCGGCAGUUUGUGUACAUACCCCCGAUACCAAUAAAGGCAUAUCUCGGGGUCAAUGUGAUGAUGAGGCGGCGCGUGUGUGAACUGGAAGGAGAAGGGGGGAGGGGGCUGGAGCAAUCGAUCGGGACAAGGACCGCGUUUUGCGGAGCGGCAUCGGCUCUCUCGUCUCCCUCGUGAGAACAGAGCAGCACAAAGUAGUGGUACCACAGUUCAUUUGAAAUAUAGUCUCACAAAAAGUCACGACGGAAGCGACGCCACGACGCCGUGCCGCGCAUUCGGAU